CCAUGUUUUUAUUUUGAAAACCACGCAGGAACAGAACUACACGAAUUACAAACGUCCCGUGUCUGCCGGUGUGGAAGUUUCUCGGUCCGUGGGUCCUCUCAACAGCGCGAUGUCCGCCGCACCCCGCCACAGAGUGGCUCUUCUUCACGCCUUCCUCCUCCUCCUCUUCUUCUUCUUCUGCGGUGGAGCCGAUGGAUCCGAGGUGCCGCCUCCUCAGAACGUCACCACGAAGACCUUGAACACCAACUACACGCUGAGCUGGGACUGGGCGCCGGGCGCUGCAGGGACCCACGCCGUCACCUUCACCACGCAAUAUGUGCCGAAGCACCAGCUGAACAGGAAGUCUCCAAACUGGAUCACAGCGUGCAACCAGACGUCACACCGGUCAUGUGACCUCACACGCUUCAAGCUGUUAUUCAUGGGCGACUUCAUGCUCCGGGUGCGAGCCACCGUGGACGGGCGGCACUCGGACUGGGUGCAGAAGAAGUUCUGCCCCUAUGAGGAGGCCUUCAUCGGUCCACCUGAUGUGACUCUUAAUGUCACUGGGACAUCUUUGGAAGUCAGCAUUAAAGACCCAGUGUUCAAGCAUUCAGAACUGAGGGAUACGUACACCUCGGCCACCUAUAACAUCACCUACUGGAAGAGCAGCCCGAAGGAAGAGGUAAAAAAGAUCCUUGAAAUGAGGCAGGACCGAGUGGUUCUUAGUAACCUGGACCUGAUGAGCGAGUACUGCGUCCAAGUCCAGAUCAUCUAUGACAAGAACUCCAGACCGGGCGAGUACAGCGACGUCGUCUGUGAGCGCACCGGUGACGUGGAUGCAGCUCUGUGGGUGGCGGCCGUGGUGGCGUUUGUGGUCAUGGCCGCGGUGGUGGCUCUGGUGGUGACUCUGGUGGUCUACUGGACACGAAUCUCCAAGUUCCUGUGCCCAGAAGUCGUGCUGCCACCACACUUUAAAGAGUCUCUGCUGCCUGCCAACCCCUCCAUCUACCCAGUCUCGCUGCCCUCUGAGCACUGCGACCAGGUCAGCAUCAUAGCAGACCACAGGACUGAGGAGGAGGAGGAGGAGGAAGGGGGGUGCAGCACACAGCCUGAUACCUCACAGGAGGGGGGAUAGGAGGAGCAGGAGGAGGUGGGAUGCACUUUAAAGACUCUGAGAAUCGGCCUCUGACUGUGAGGUUUUAGAGCUGUGAACUCUGCAGCAGUGAAGUGAUGAAGACGAGCAAGAACAGGUGAAGCUGGCCCAGGUGAAGCUGGCCCAGGUGAAGCUGACCCAGGUGUCACGCUGCUCAAACUGAAGUGAGAGCGUGGACCCUGAAGCUGUUCCCACUGUCACAGGUUGAUGUUUAUGCUUUAAUAGUUUAUUCAUGUCAAUGUAAAUGUUUUGUUUUCUACUGGUUUUGUUAAUGGUUUUAAUGGUCGAAGGUUAACCGAAGCCUCUGCUGUUCCUGCUCAUAGGAACCAGGUGACCCGAUGCUGGGCUGGCCUGGGACAGUCUGGGUCUUUUACUGCUCUCACUCUUCUUAGCCCAGUUUAAUUACGUGUUCAGUAACUGGAUUACAACAUAACUACAUGUGAAGGUGUAGCUCUGCAGGCUGUGUGUUUGGGUGUAGUAAUAACUGACGUGGGGAUGAGGUUGGCUUGGGUUUGCCACCAGCUGCUGUGAGACCUCGCCGUCCUCUGCUGUAUCCAGCGGGUUCACCUUGGAUCUCCAUCAGGCAGGAUUCGGGCCGUCCAGCAGAAUUUAUGAUGAAGAAGUGUGAACACUGUAAAUACUCUGAUUUAUUUCUAAUUAAAGUCUUUGUGACGUAUGAAA